UUCAUUUGUGUUUAUUUGAAGGACUAAAAUUGGGUUGGCCAAACCUAAAAAAAGGAUCGCACCAAAGAUGUUUGAACAGUUAUCUCCUCGGCCCAUGUCGUUACUCGAAUAGGUGAUUCAACCCGUUUUUCAAGACUUCCCAAUCCAAGAGAUCCCUAUUCAUCUCAUGCGCUAUCUCUCACUGCUUCUUCCCGGAUCGAUCGCAGGUGAUCAAGGCACAGCUGCUCUUGAGAUGUCGUCUAAGAAAGAUCAGGGGAGUUACUUUAUUUGGUCAAAUGAAACUGUUGGAAUUUUUAAUGAAAUAUGCAUCCAGUUCAUUCUUAAGAGAGGGAGGGGACAACAAUUUAGGUGGAAGCAAAUACAAGCUUUAUUUGAGGAGAGAACAAAAAGAAAGUGUUCUUCAAAAAGCUUGAAAAACAAGUUUGACUUUAUGAAAAAAGAUUGGCGAUUGUGGAAAUUAUUGAAACGUGAUGAGAUCGGAUUGAGUUGGAAUGCAGCCAUUGGGACGCUGGAUUGUUCUGAUGAAUGGUGGAAUAAGAAAAUCAAGGAAAAGACGGAACUAAAGAAGUUCAAGCAUAAAGGAAUUCCAAAGAACAUUGAAGAGCAAUGGGAUCAAAUAUUUGGAGACUCAAUAGCAACUGGAGUAGAAUGUGUGGCUCCAAGUGCUACAAUGGAGGAGAAUAACAAUCAAGAAAAUCAUCAAGAAACUGUCCAUGAUAAUGCCGAUGAUUAUGAGGUGUACAAGAGUUGUAGUGCCCAACUAGAUGAGGGUAAUUUAUUUCAAAAUUUUGUGCAUGAGGCUAGUGCAAAUGGUCAUUCUAUUCCUACAUCUACGACUGCUGAAGAUGCGGGGACCAAUGUCAUUAGUAAGAAGCGCAAACUAAGGCAGUCUAAGGAGUUGGUUAAACUUAGUGAAAUUUUAGAGAAGGGAAAUACAUGUCUUCAAGCAAUUGAGCGUCUAUUGGCAAAAAAGGAGAAGGUUGUUGAUGAUUGUGUAAGUGUAGGUCAUGUCAUGGAAAUAAUGACCAGAAUGGCUGAUAAUGGUGGGCUGGUGAGGAGUGGGAACUUAUGGUUUCAUAGCAUUUGUGUUCUCGAUAGUCCAAGUAGAAGACAAUUCUUUAUCCACUUUAAAGAUGAUGACGAAAGGCUCAAUUGGCUGAAAUUUAUGCAGGCAAAAGAAAUGUUUUGAAUAUGUUUAGUAUGUUAUUUGUUUAUACAUAUUUAAUAUGUUAUCUCAUUAAGAAGAUUUAGGAUACAAAUUCCUUUAUUUAGGUUGGAUAUUUAAUUUUGACUUCUAUAUGUUUCGGAUUUAAGUGAUUUGUUUUCUUACGAUUAGUAUGAUUGUAUUAUUAUAUUCAUUUAUUCAUCUAUUUAU